AUGUCGGAAAACAAUAGAGUCCAUCCAUAUCAACUCCUUGACAUCGACGAGCGAGUCAAACGUGUGCUACUCAACACGCCACUUGCAGAUGGACACAACGACCUUCCCCAGCAACCACGAUGCUGUUUCAAAGGCAAGAUUCACAACAAUCCCAAAUUCAAUCUCGAAAAGGGCUUCCAACGUGGCAUGACCGACUUGCCACGUCUUAAANAGNGUGCUGUGGGUUUGCAGUUCUGGUCAAUCUGCGUACCCCAUCUUCGUGGUUCUGAGGACUUUGCUUUGCCCAGAUAUAACGACAUGUGUCGUGAUGCGAUUGAACAGAUUGAUCUCUCCAUUCGAAUGGUCAAGCAGUAUCCUAAGGACUUUGAACUUGUCUUUGGGCCAGAUAAUGUCAGAGAGAUAUAUCAGCAGGGAAAGAUUGCUUGCUCGAUUGGUUUAGAAGGGCUACAUCAAGCUGGCAACUCCAUCAGUGUUAUCAGAGCUUAUCAUCAACUGGGUGUGCGCUACGUGAGUAAAGCCUUCAUUGAUGGCUUGCCUGUGGCUAAUGGAAUAGNNUGCACCAUGACACAUGUCGAGAACAACGCCUUCGCCGACUCUUCCACGUCCAAAGUAGGACCGGUCCAUGGAGGGCUGUCGAGCCUCGGCAAAGCAGCAGUCAAGGAGAUGAAUCGAUUAGAUCUUUCUCACGUUUCACCAGAAGCAGCAGAACAAGCACUUAAGUGCACGGCCGCGCCAGUUAUGUUCUCUCACAGUAACGCUCAAGGCGUCUUCAACUGUCCCCGCAACGUGCCAGAUUUGGUACUUGACCUUGUGCCCGCCAAUAAUGGUAUAGUGAUGGUCACUUUUGUGCCAGAGCAUCUUGCGGCUAGAAGGUCUCAGGCUACCAUGGAUAUGCUUUUGGACCACCUGUUCUACAUUGCCAACCGUAUCGGGUGGGAGCACGUUGGCCUUGGAUCAGACUUUGAUGGCAUCGCGUCAGUCAUUCCUGGUCUAGAGGACUGUUCCUGUUUCCCUACUCUACUAAAGGCAAUCUUGGACCGAGGAGCCACAGAACAGCAGCUCGCGAUGGUAGCUGGAGAGAACAUUCUGCGGGUAUGGACAGAGGUCUCGCGAGUUGCUCAGCACAUGCAAGAGCAAGGAGUAACUCCUGUAGAGGACGUUUGGGAAGGUAGAGAGUUUUGGAGAUAUGAUGGGUAUUAUCAGAUGCCUGAUCCUGACCCUGAGGAUAAAAUGGGUCUUGAUUGGUAUGGAGUCAAGCCUCCGGAGGAAGGGUUGUAUCAUGAGAAGUAA